AUUUCCAAAUAAACUAGAAAAAUGACUAUUGAGUUUAUCAAUUGUGCAGGAUGUAAAGCCAAAAUCGCCGAGGAGGAUGUCGAAAAGAACAAAGUUGUCUUCUUUCUGAAUCGAAUGUGGCAUCGGGAUCAUAUUCAAUGCAUUUUUUGUAAACUUCAAAUCUCGGACAAUCGUUAUUUCCGUUCAUCAAUUGAUCCAAUGAAACCAUCAUGUUAUGCAUGUCAUAUUCAAACAAAUCAUCCAUCUUGCACAGGAUGCUCAUUGCCAGUAAUUGAACGAGGACUUGUUGCAUUUAAUCGUCUCUUUCAUAUUGAUUGUUUCCGUUGUGCAAUCUGUAACAAGACAAUUCCUCAAAGAAAAGGAUUUUAUGAACGUGAUAUGAUGUUUUAUGAUGACGUUUGUUAUAUGCUUCAUAUCAAAGAUGUUCUAUAACAUAUUGAACUUAUUUGAAAAAAUAAUGAAUAGAUUUUGAACGGUUU